AUGUCCUUCUUAAAAGAUGCUUGGGAUCAUGGCCGGCGCGCUGCUGUAGACGCCUUAGAAACAGUCGGCAUCAAUCACUCAUCUCCCUGGUCGCCAGAAGUUCCUGACGAGCUGCGAUCCUCCAUGCCUGAUCUCUUUGACCGCUUCCCUCUUGUGCUACCAUGGACAAAAGCACAACCUGUGGAUCCAGCACUUCACACAGUCUGGAUCCUUGAUAAUACAGCCUUUCGCACUCCACAGCCAGACGAUCGGCGCUCUGGCCUUUCCGAGCUGAAAAGCACAAAGAUUACGCAGCCGUCUCGCGUUGGAGGUAAAAAGAACGAAUCUCUUCGUGGCGGAAGCGGCUGGGAAGUCGAAUAUGUCGUCUGCUAUUUUAUCAAAAAUAGCGGUCGGGAUUUGUCGCGCGUGAUUUCCCAUAUUGCACACGAGUUGCAGAUUUCUGAAGACGACAUUGCGACGAAGCAGCGCAUCUCCGAUCGCGUCCAGCCUUUUGUUGAUACAGUACUUCCGAAGCGGACACUGAGAAUCAACAUUGCCGAUUCGGAAGAGCAAACUUUGGGACCAUCUGGCUACUCUGGCAUCAGCUCGGACUUGAUUCAGUUGCAUUUCUAUCCUACGGAUAUGAGACCUUUUCAAAGCUCUCCAGUCGCUGUUCCUCCGCCGUUUGGAGUAUCUAGCAUCACGAUACCAGCCGAUGAACGCGGCUGGGGAGUCAUCUCGGAUAUCGACGACACAAUCAAGAUCACAAUGACGCCCUCGCCGCUUGGAAUCCUUCACAGCACCUUCAUAGUAGAAGACCCGAAUCCAGUCCCAGGAAUGCCAGAACUUUACGCGCAGCUCGCGAAAUUACUGCAAGCGCCUCCCUUUUUCUACCUUUCCGCGUCGCCAUACAAUCUCUACCCAUUUCUCCGCAAGUUCAGAGAGAAGCACUUCCCUCCAGGUACCAUCAUUCUCCGCGAUGCCUCCUGGCAGAAUCUUGGCGGCUUGAUCGCUUCGCUCACCAGAGGCACUGAGAAUUACAAAGUCGAUCGGAUUGUCAAGAUUCACUCUUGGUUCCCACACCGGAGGAUGAUCUGUAUUGGAGAUAGUACGCAAACCGAUCCGGAGAGCUACGGCGAAGUUGCAAGGAAGUUCCCUGGAUGGAUUCGUGCAAUUUUCAUUCGGAAAGUCACGGGCAUUGCGGAGAUGAAUGAAGAGCAGAAGAACUCGAAUGAGCGAUUUGAAAACGCUUUCAAGGGGUUGGAUCGAGGGCUGUGGCAUGUCUUUACUGAGCCUAGAGAGAUCUCUGAAAGGGWGCAGGAGUUGGAGAGGAGCGGUGCUGGUGUGGCAUGA